UCUCUAACACAACCAAGAGCACCAUAGCCUACCUUUUGUUCCUCACCCUCACCAUUUUGUCUGCCACCUCAGCAACCAAUGAAGUUGAGACACCACUCACCUUAACCUUUUUCAUGCACGACAUACUCGGAGGGUCAAACCCAACAGCUCAAGCCGUGACAGGGAUAGUCAACAACCCAUCCAUCAACGGUCAACUCCCAUUUGCCAAGCCCAACGGGGCAGUCCUUCCAGUCAGCAACGGUGAUAACGGUGUGGUCGACAACAACAACAACAUUCCAUUACUCACCGGCCUCAGUGGGGCCACAACUGCAGUGAUGCAAAACAACGGCGGAUUCGGAAACGUUCCAGUCGUCAACGGCGGUCAACUCCCAUCAGGGAACACUCUCCAGAUGCUCAUGUUCGGCACCAUGACCGUGUUUGACGAUGAGCUGACCGAGGGCCACGAGCUCCGGUCAGGAUUGGUCGGAAAGGCACAAGGAUUCUACGUGGGGAGCUCGGAAGAUGGUACCGGCCAGACCAUGGCAUUUACGGUUAUGUUUGAGAGCGGGCGUUAUGCUGACAGCCUUAGCUUCUUCGGGAUCCAUAGGACUUCCGUGUCAGAGUCGCAGCUGGCAAUCAUGGGCGGAACUGGGAAGUAUGUUAACGCGAAAGGAUUUGCGACGGUUAAGACAUACGAUAUGACCAAUAAUCAGCAUGAGACUGACGGCUUGGAGACGUUGCUGGAGUUCACUGUUUAUGUAACUUACUGAUCAUUUGAUGCG